CUUCAUACUAGGUACAUUGCAAAGUGUGCAAGAUGCUUGCCUUUCUAUCCACUGACCUUUAACUUGCAGUAUUCUGCAAAAGAAAUCAGUGUACAGAAGAUACAGGGGGUUAAGGAACAAUUUAAAUGUUACCAAGAAGAAUCAAUUGGACAAAUCCAGAAUCUGAGACAUUCUACAACAUACUUGGUUUAGUCUCUUCAAAAAGUCCAUCACUUUUUGAAGAAAGUGAAAUUUCUUUUUCUUUUCAAAAGAAAAAAAAUUAGUAAUACUGUUAGAAAACAAAAGAUUUGAGAUCAUAAUUCACAAAAAGUAGCUAUAUAAGACAUUUGGAGGAAAAACUGAGUCACUUGAGUGUAUUUGACACUGGUAGGAACUUAUGUUUUUUUAGGUAUGAUAUUAUAUUGUGGUAAUAUAGGGGAACAGCUUUAUUAGGAAUGCAUGCCUAAACUACUUAAAGCCAAAGUGGCAUGAUGUCUGCAGUUUGCCUUUAAAUGGCUCAGCAAAAAUACAUACAUUCAUAUGUAAUCACAUAUAUGGAGAGAAAGCUGGAAGAGAAAAAGGAGAGAAAGAUGUCAAAGUAAAUAUGGCAAAAUGUUAGCAAUUGCUGAAAGAAGUGGGUGGAUAUGUGGGGUUCCAAGGUACUAGUCUUUUACAUUUUCUUUUUAAAAGUGUUUUUCAUAAUAAUAUUUUAAAAAAAAAGGAUAUUUGGUCCAGAAAGGCAGCAGGACCCACCAAAUCUUUCCUCUUGCACCAGGGUUGCAAUCAGAGGCUUUUUUGGGUAUAGACAGUGGCACCACUUGCUCCACUCCUACAGAUACUAGAAUUUCUCCUCUAGCAUGGGAGAUAAAUUGAUUUGUAUUUGGAAACAGAAAUUCAGGUAAGCAUAAAGUUGAGCAAUUUGUCAGUAAAGAGUACAGGACAAGUGAAGAGGCAGAAAUUAGGAUAUGACUAUGUAAAAAAGAUUCCAUAUAGGAAAACAUGCAUUCACUAAACUAGACCUUUUUCUCUUGUUUUUCUCCUCAGCUCAUUUCCAAAUUGAAGCUUUUCAAAAAAAUUGCUAUAUUUACUACAGGUAUGUGCCACCAUGCCCAACUAAUUUUUGUAUUUUUUGUAGAGACGGGUUUCGCCAUGUUGCCCAGGCUGGGCUCAAACUCCUGGGCUCAAGCGAUCCUCUCGCCUCAGCCUCCCAAAGUGCUGGAUUACAGGUAUGAGCCACUGUUCCUGGCCCCAGAUUGAUACUUUCUGAAUAGCUAUUUGAAAGUUCAAGGGAAGUUAAAUUCAAAAACAAAACACUAACUUUCUUUUAGCCUAAUAAGGAUGGUUUUUUUCUGUCUCAAUUUUUUUGCCCUCUUGUAAAUAAGCAUAUACUACUAUUCUGUACUACUAUAGAUUUUUUUAAAUGAAGCUGCUUAGAGCUUUAUUUACUAUAACAACUUGAGACUGCUUAAAAAUAAGUAUUUAUACACUGGUAAUUUUUAAUAAUGGUUAUUUCCAAUCCAAAAAUAUAUUUUAUGAGAUGGCCAUGUUUUCCCUAAUUCACACUUCUAAAAUUAAUAAAAUUGCUGAACUCUUUAAAGCAUUCCUCAAAUAAGUAACGGAUAUUUAUUUAUAUUGUUCUCAAAUUCUCUUUUUCCUAUUCCCCCACCCCAUCUCAGAUAAGAACAAAGAAAAUACUAUGGAUUAAAAUUUUCUGACUAGUUUAUAUCAAUAACAGAAGUAGCAAAAAGCCCAGGCAAUGUUUGGAGAAUUGAGUUUUAACCAUGGCAAUGGUUACUAUAUAAUCACUAGUACUAUCAAGUGAGUUAAAAACAAAAAAAUGUAAGUUUAAACAGUCAUGAGUAUUUGCUGAAUGACUGGUCAACUUGCCUGUGUUGACUUUCAUUCGCCACCUGAUUCCACUAACACCGUGAAGAGGGUCACAUGAUUCCUGAAGUGGGCACUAACAAUUUCUUUUUUCUCAAAAUUUUGUUUCUCUGAAAAGGUUCACCAUAUUUUCUCUGCGAAGCUUAGUUAGCAUUUUUCUCCAAUGAAGCCAGCCAUAAAAUGAGGAAAAAAAAUUCGUUAGAAAUAGCAAAUGAACAGCCAUGUCUAAUGACCAAAUUUUGUGUGUGUCUAUAAGAGACCUUGCCUAAACUCACAAGGGAAAAGCAAGUAUUAAAGCUUCAUAGUAGGCUGUGGCCCUAACUUGCCCCUUUGUUCUUUUAAAAAAAAUACAAUGACAUACUAAGAGGCUGUUGUGCUGUCUUCGAGUUUUCAAGCUUUUGGAGUCACUAUUUAUGCUUAUGACUAGAGCAAUGAAAACAAGUCUUUUUUCCCCAAACACAAGUAGCUUCAGUCCAAGCCACUCCAGACUUCCUUGCCAGUGACCUCAACACUGACCUUGAUUUAUUCUAGGAAGAACUCUGCCCGUUUAGUUCUUUUAGCUCAUUUUUAUGUGAAUUCCCAUUCACUAGUAGUGAACUAACUUCAACAAUUUCAUUUCUAGUCUGCUGACUUUUCAUUAUUAUGGUUUUGUUUUUCCUUACAGUAGCCUCUUUGGAAUCCUAUACACCUAGCUUAUGGAAACGCUUUAGCCCAAGCCAUGACAGAGCCAGGUUUGGAAGAGGACAGUUGCCCUUUAUUCUGGCGGCAGAUAGCAGGUGAAAAAGUGCUACACAAGUUUGAUGUUUGUGUCUUCUUCUCUAAGGCCAAGAAAUUAUCUCCAUAGGAGGCAACAGUACUAUGCAUGUUAUGAAUUGUGUCUCCUUGGUCAGUGAUAAAGAAAAUGGGAAUAUUGCCACAGCACCUGGAUUCAUGAUUGGGCAGACACCGCCUCCAGCACCUCCUCCACCUCCUCCUCCACCCCCUCCAUCUCCACCAUGUUCAUGUUCAAGGGAAGAGUGUCCUUCCUCCCCUCCUCCACCCCCACCACCUCCACUUCCUGGGGAGUCUCCCAUCCCACCUCCCCCACCAGGCCUACCCCCAACUACUCACAUGAACGGCUACAGCCACCUUGGUAAGAAAAAGCGGAUGAGAAGCUUUUUUUGGAAAACUAUUCCGGAGGAGCAAGUUCGGGGCAAAACCAACAUCUGGACCUUGGCAGCCAGGCAGGAGCAUCACUACCAAAUUGAUACAAAGACCAUAGAGGAGCUCUUUGGGCAGCAGGAAGACACCACCAAGUCUUCCCUUCCUAGGAGAGGAAGACCUUUAAAUUCAUCCUUCAGAGAAGCUCGAGAAGAGAUUACUAUUUUGGACGCAAAACGGAGCAUGAACAUUGGGAUAUUUCUUAAGCAAUUUAAGAAGUCUCCUCGGUCCAUUGUAGAAGACAUUCAUCAAGGAAGAAGUGAGCAUUAUGGAUCAGAGACCUUACGAGAAUUUCUUAAGUUUUUGCCAGAGUCAGAAGAGGUAAAGAAGUUAAAAGCGUUUAGUGGCGAUGUGUCCAAGCUGUCUCUGGCAGAUUCGUUUCUGUACGGCUUAAUUCAGGUGCCAAACUAUUCACUUCGGAUUGAAGCCAUGGUGCUAAAGAAGGAAUUUCUACCUUCUUGCUCUUCUCUAUAUACAGAUAUAACAGUUUUAAGAGCUGCUAUAAAAGAACUGAUGUCAUGUGAAGAGCUACAUUCAAUAUUACACCUGGUGCUCCAGGCUGGGAAUAUCAUGAAUGCAGGAGGGUAUGCCGGCAAUGCAGUAGGAUUUAAACUGUCUUCUUUGCUCAAAUUGGCAGACACAAAAGCAAACAAACCUGGGAUGAAUCUCCUGCACUUUGUUGCACAGGAAGCCCAAAAGAAAGAUACCAUUCUUCUAAACUUUUCAGAAAAAUUGGAUCAUGUUCAGAAGACUGCUAGAUUAUCUCUGGAGAACACAGAGGCAGAACUGCACUUGCUGUUUGUCAGGACAAAAUCACUAAAAGAAAAUAUCCAGCGGGAUGGUGAACUUUGUCAGCAAAUGGAAGAUUUUCUUCAGUUUGCCAUAGAAAAGCUGAGGGAACUGGAAUGCUGGAAACAAGAGCUCCAGGACGAGGCCUACACCCUUAUAGAUUUUUUCUGUGAAGACAAAAAAACCAUGAAACUGGAUGAAUGCUUUCAGAUAUUUAGAGAUUUCUGUACCAAAUUCAACAAAGCAGUUAAGGACAACCACGACCGGAAGGAGCAGGAGCUGAGGCAGCUGCAGAGGCUGAAGGAGCAGGAGAAGAAGCAGCGCUCCUGGGCAACUGGGGAGCUGGGAGCAUUUGGCCGGAGCAGCAGUGAGAAUGAUGUGGAGCUGCUGACCAAGAAGGGUGCAGAGGGCCUGCUCCCUUUCCUGCACCCCAGGCCCAUCAGCCCCUCCAGCCCCUCCUAUCGGCCCCCGAACACCCGCCGCUCCCGCCUCUCCCUGGGUCCCUCUGCUGACCGGGAGCUGCUGACCUUCUUGGAGAGCUCCACCGGCAGCCCUGAGGAGCCCAAUAAGUUCCACAGCCUGCCCCGGAGCAGCCCCCGGCAGGCCCGGCCCACGAUAGCCUGCCUGGAGCCUGCAGAAGUGAGACACCAGGACUCCAGCUUUGCACACAAACCUCAGGCCUCGGGGGGCCAGGAGGAGGCCCCCAACCCACCCUCAGCACGGGUGCACCAGCUUCCAGCUGCCCAGCCUGAGGACCCUGCCUCUGCCUUCCCCAGAGCUCGGCGCCAGGGCGUCAGUGUCCUCCGAAAGAGGUACAGUGAGCCGGUGAGCCUGGGCUCAGCACAAUCCCCUCCUCUCUCGCCAUUGGCUCUGGGAAUUAAGGAGCAUGAGCUGGUGACAGGGCUAGCCCAGUUCAACCUCCAGGGUUCCCAGAGCAUGGAGACCUCCCAGCUGACUUUGAGUGACUUCAGCCCGAUGGAGCUAGAGUCUGUGGGGCAUGGGGGCCCACAGUCCCUCAGUGCCAGCAGCAGCAGCCUGACACCCAUGGGCAGAGAUGCCCUGGGGAGUCUCAGCCCAGCCCUGGAGGACGGCAAGGCUGCCCCUGAUGAGCCUGGAAGUGCGGCUUUAGGAUCUGUGGGUAGCAGCGAUCCUGAGAGCAAAGAUCCUAGGCCUCUGUUCUGCAUCUCAGACACCACCGACUGCUCACUGACCCUGGACUGCUCAGAAGGAAGCGACUCCAGACCCAGAGGUGGGGACCCAGAGGAAGGCGGGGAAGGGGAUGGCUCCAUGUCCUCUGGGGUUGGAGAAAUGGGGGACAGCCAAGUCUCCUCCAACCCUACAUCCAGCCCCCCUGGGGAGGCUCCUGCCCCUGUGUCUGUGGAUAGUGAGCCCAGCUGCCAGGGUGGCCCGCCCAGGGACAAACCCACCAAAAGGAAAGAUGUUGUAGCACCAAAGAGAGGCUCCCUGAAAGAGGCGUCUCCUGGGACCUCCAAGCCCGGGAGCGCCCGGCGGAGCCAGGGGGCAGUGGCCAAGCCCGUGCGGACCCUGACCGCGUCGGAGAACGAGAGCAUGCGCAAGGUCAUGCCCAUCACCAAGUCCAGCAGAGGCGCCGGCUGGAGGCGACCAGAGCUGUCAUCCCGGGGGCCCUCCCAGAAUCCCCCCAGCAGCACAGAUACUGUGUGGUCACGCCAGAACUCCGUGCGGAGGGCCUCGGACACGUCGCCCAGGAGGCCCUCCACAGGCGCCGAGGAGCAGAGGCUGCUGCGGGGCAGCAGUGGCUCCGGCAGCACCCGUCCAGGGAGGGACGUCCCUCUGCAGCCCAGGAGUUCUUUCAAGAAGCCCAGUGCCAAACCACUCAGGAACCUCCCCAGACAGAAGCCUGAGGAAAAUAAGACCUGCCGCGCCCACUCCGAGGGCCCUGAGAGUCCCAAAGAAGAGCCGAAGACCCCGCCAGUGCCCAGCGUCCCCCAUGAACUACCCCGUGUCCCGAGCUUUGCCCGGAACACGGUGGCCUCCUCCUCUCGAAGCAUGAGAACAGAUCUUCCUCCCGUGGCCAAAGCCCCCGGCAUCACCCGGACAGUGUCGCAGCGGCAGCUGAGGGUGAAAGGGGACCCCGAGGAUGCUGCUCCCAAGGACAGCGGCACUUUGAGGCGAGCCAGCAGUGCCCGGGCCCCCAAGAAGUGCCCAGAGUCUGCGGAGGGUCCCAGUGCCAACACGGAGGCCCCUCUGAAGGCCAGAGGGGCUGCGGAAAGGGCCUCCCUCCGUCGGAAGGACUCCAGUCGGACCACGCUGGGGGGAAUCCUCAAUCCCUUAUGGAAGUGAUGGGUGUCUGUCCUCUCCUGCCUCCUGGGAUUCAGACGGUGAAGACCGACUUCUGGGACGAGGAUGGGGAAAGAGGCAGCGUGUCUUUGUUACAGAUAAAGCAGCCACUGGUGCCACUGCUACUGACGCUGGGAUGGCACAGUCCAGGAGGCCUGUGAACUGCAGCCUGCUGUGCUGAGCCCUGCUGCAGUCCAGCGUCCAGAUGGAUGCACGUUCACUACUGUGACGGCCACACCUCCCCCAUACACCCCACCCUCCCCCAAAGCCCACAUCCCAAGAAAGAAUAGGAGUGUAAGGUGACAUUCUUAUGAAACAAGUCAAAAAAGUUUUUUUCUGGCCAGUUUUUAUAUAUCAAAGACUUUCUUUUUAAUAUAAAAAUUAGCUAGGUGCAGUGGUUCACGCUUGUAAUCCAGCACUUUGGGAGGCUAAAGUGGGUGGAUUGCUUGAGCCUAGGAGUUCGAGACCAGCCUAGGCAACAUGGAGAAACCCCGUCUCUAUCAGAAAUACAAAAUUUAGCCGAGUGUGGUGGCACAUGCCUGUGGCCCCAGCCACUCUGAACGCUGAGAUGGGAAGAUCACUUGAGCCCAGGACCCCACCACUGCACUGCAGCCUGGGUGACAGAGUGAGACCUUGUCUCAAAACAAAACAAAAAUGAAAUGUUUUAGUUUUUGUUCCUUUUGCAGAGUGAAAUCCCUCCCAGGAAAAAAAUACAUAUAUAUUUUUUUGCGACAGGGUCUUGCUCUGUCUCCCAGACUGGAGUACAGUGGCACAAUCAUAGCUCACUGCAGCUUUGACCUCCCAGACCCAAGUGAUCCUCCCACCUCAGCCUCCCUAGGAGCUGGGACUAUAGGCGUGCACCACCACGCCUGGCUAAUUGUGUUUUUUUUUAAUUUAUCUUUUGUAGAGAUGGGAUCUCAAUAUGUUGCUCAGGCUGAUCUCGAACUCCUGGGCUCAAGUGAUCCUCCCACCUCAGCCUCCCAGAGUGCUGGGAUUACAGGUGUGAGCCACCACACUUGGCCAGUAUAUCCUCAGUAUGAAGAUAUUUGUAUCUUCCUGUGUUCUCUGGCCUCAGAGUUUCACCUGCCCACACACCGUCCGUUGCUGGCAACUGGACUUCCCCACAAGCCUUGGGUAUCCUGUGAUGGGCUGUGUCUCCCUGAAGAUUGUCUGGCUUGCCCACUUCUCUGUGCAUGACUCUGGGUGUGAAUCUGUCUAGGAACAGGAGGGAAAGUUGGACUCAGACAGAAAUCAGAUGCUUUCAUGUAUUCAGGGCACGCAUUGUGAGCAGUGGAGUAUGAGCCUCGGGGUCCUCAUGGUUGCAGGGCAGGCUUCCCUGCAGAUGGGUGGCAGCCCCUGGUAGAAUGCUGGAUUUCUCUGGAAUCUAGAAGUGCCAUAUUUUAGUGGAAAGGCAUCAGGGCUGUUUGACAGCGUGCAUCUUUCCAAUCCCGUGUUCCUCCAUUCGUGUGUCUGUUAUAAGACUGAGUGAAGGCUGCUAUGACCUGUGUUCACUCUGGUUACAAGGAGGUGCAAACCAUUCUGUCUCCCAGCCUUUCUUCUCUCUUUUUGUGCUCCCAGCACUUCCUUCUUUUCUAACAUGGGCCUGGAGAGAGUCUGUCUCUCUCCUUGUCUCUGUCUCUUAAUAAUAGUUUUUAACGUUGACAUCUCCUCCUUGGUACAGUGGUUUUUAAAUCCUGAGAAGAACCAAAUCAAGUUUGCUAAAGCAGACUAAAAGCAUGAAAUUGCUUUCAGAAGAACGUAUAUCAUCAGGAAAAGUUUGGGGGCAGAGUGGGGGAAUCAGGCUUUAUUCAAAAGAAAGAGUUGAAAACAUGGACUUUUUCUACCCAAUGCCCAUUUCACGACUCCUCUGAGACUAAUUGGGAAAUGGGGAAAUUCUUGGAACUUUUUUUUUUAAGAAACUUUUUUUUGUGUGUGUGUUUUUUUUAUUUUAGGUCACUUAUUAGUGAAACCUCAUUUUAGAUCUGACAUUGGUAAAUAGAUGGAUUUAGGCGAAUAUGAUGCGUUUGUGGGGAAUCCACGUGGUUGACCUUAGAGCCUCCCUUCUGCAGACUGUUGCCUUUCAUCUAAGUUAAUUGGAAAUGCUGAGCUUCCAUAAGUCAGCUGAGUUGUAAAGGUAAACAUUAUGGCUGAAGUAGUAAAGCACGACCACAAAACCUCUUGUAAAAACGGCCCUGAGUAGGUAUUUCCGGGGCUCCACAGAGAUGCUUAUGGGAAUCCUGAGCUGCUUUUCACCAUCUCAAGAAGCCUAAGAAGUUGUAUAUUUAAUCAGGUAGACAAAACAGUUCGAAGCAUAAGGUCCAUGGUGGUGGAAAAUGGAUGCAAGUGAGUCUAAGUUUGUGGAUUUGUGGAUAGCAGAGGGGUUGGGACCUCUUGGAGGAACCCUGGGUACCGAGCUCGCAGGCCCUUCCUCUAUCACGGAUGCUGGGUGACUUUGGGAAGUCACUACCUCUUCCCAAGCCUGUUUCCCAUAUCACAGAUGUGGGGCCGUGGCCUCGAUGAUGGUCUCCACGGGUCCUUCCACCUCUAUGAGUCCAAGUCAGGUCAAUCAGCAAGGACCCAUCUCUGCCCUGGAUCAGCUCCUCAGAACCAACCCCCAGCAUCUCUAAAGCAAAAGCCUCACCUCAAGGGCUGUUCAGAAGAGAGCACCUUCAGCAUGAGUUGUUGCUGGAAGAUCUAAUAAGCUGUGUUUCCUGGGAAGUGGUGCUUUACUUAGCCCUGUGGACAACUUCUGUAUGCAUCUGUGUGAGCAGAUGAUCAUUGUAUUACCUUUUAUCGGUAGUAAGCUUGGAAAAAUAAUUUAAGAAUACAAUGGAGAAAUGUAAAUAAGUUUAUGUAAAUUUGUUUAAAAUAAACUGAAUGUAUUUAAAGGUCCAUUUAUAUGUUCUUUUAUGUAACAUGUAGUUUAAUAAAGUUCCUGUUUAUGAGAGUCGUGUUUCAUCUCA